AUGAAAAAAUUUAUGGUGUAUCGUAUUGUUCAAAUUUGUGGUGCAACAAUAUAUCGUAAAACAGUUUCAUUUUUACGUCAUACAACGGAUGUUGAUGCAUUAGCUUGGAACGAUUAUUCUGAGCAUAGACAAGAAGUAUGUGGAUUAAAAUGGUCACCUGAUAGACAAUUAUUAGCAGGUGGAGGAAAUUAUAAUCAUUUAAUUAGUUUAUUAGCAAAUGGUGGUGGAACAACUGAUCGAUAUAUUCGAUUUUGGAAUACAUUAACUGCACAAAGUUUACAAUGUAUUGAUACUGGUUCUCAAGAACUUGAUAAAAAACGUCAAUUACGUAAUGAACUUAUAUUAAAUAAUACAUUUCCAUUAUUUUUAAAUGAUACAUUAACAUUACCAAAUGAUGUUCCUAUGUUAUGA